GGGGUGGCUGAUUGUCUCACACUUCUGCAGUGUUGGAUCUACGAGUACUUUCCGAGUUUCAGGCCAUCUCACUUUGAGCCAGUCGUCGUUGGACUUGAUGAGGCUUCGGUUGCAAGAUGGUUUGGGCAGCAGGCACCUGGUUCUGUGGUUGAGCCUAGUGUGAGGUUGGCGUUCUACCGUCGAGCUCUUGACAGCUUGACCCCUUCUGAUGUGGCAUGGGCACCUUUCCAUAAGAGGCCUCAUCAGGCAGUCCGUCGACCUUUGUACACUGGAGUGAUCUGGUUCGCUAAUAUGAGUGAGUUUUAUGAUCCAGCCCGUUGCCUCCGACAGUUUGGAUACCAACAGAUGGUAUCACCUACCCUUCGCGACCCUAGCGAGCAGACCCACCAGAGACACCUGGUGGAUAUGUCAUUUGGAUUCCUGGGAGUUUCGAUGCUGCAUGGGAUGCUCUGCUAUCUCACAUGGUUCAUAUAG